AUGGGGAACGAAGGCAGCAUCGAGGGAGAGGGCCAGCCGGGACAGCCCGGCUCUACUGUUCCUUCCCCGGGGGCUCCGACUUCCAUUUCAGCACCAGCAGGCUCUGGACAGCUCAUCAAGCCCAGCAAUGGUGCGCCAACGGGAGGGACGGGGGCCGGACCCGGCCCGGGGAUUAACAGCAUCUCUGGAAGACCCCCCCAGACAGACCCUGGGUCCGGGCCCAAGGCGGGGGUCCAGACUGGGCCUGGGACGGGGGACCGCCUGGCCUCCCAGAGGGAGCAGCAGGGUCAGAGCCACGUUGCCCGCAAGAACCUCCAGGUGGACGUGGGUAGUAGCAGGACAGGACGGUCCCCAUCGGUGUCCCCCGCCGUCACCCCCACCUCACCCUACUCCGUGCCCCAGAUCGCCCCCAUGCCCAGCAGCAAGCUGUGCCCCGUAUGUAAGACGGCCGACCUGACGGGCACCACGGAGGACAACCAGCCAAACUGCAGCACCUGCACCCAGUGCCGAUCCACGGUGUGCAACCAGUGUGGCUUCAACCCCAACCCGCACCUCACCGAGGUCCAGGAGUGGCUGUGUCUGAACUGCCAGAUGCAGAGAGCUUUGGGAAUGGACAUGGAGACACCUCGCUCCAAGAGCCAGCAGCAGAUUCACUCUCCGUCUCACCAAGCCAAACCAGAGCCCAUCUCUGAACCUCAAACUCAGCCCCCACCCCAGCCCCAGCCCCAACCUCAGCCCCAGGUCCAACCUCAGCCCCAGCCCCAAGCCCCACAUAAGGCACAGCCUCUAACCCAGCACCAGGCUCCGACACAGGCCCAGCCCCCACCGGGAGCUGUCCCUCUCCCAGGCAUGGCCAAAGCCCCAUCCCAGCCUGACCUCCGUGGCUCCCCUGCCCACCAGCCCCUGCCCCUCCGCCAGGACCACACCCGCAGCGCAGGGAGCUCCCCGUCACGCCAGCCUCCGCCCCCGGCCGCCGCCCCCGAGCAGACCUUUGGGAAGCUGUUUGGAGGCUUCGGUGGCUUCGGUGCCUCCCUCCUCAACCAGGCCAGCACCCUCAUAUCAGAUAACCCAGUAGCUGCUCCGCCGCAGCCCCAACAGCCCCCCAAACCUGCCCCCAAACCAGCCGGACCCCAGGGACCUGGACCCCAUGCACCCCAACAGGGACCCCACGCACCCCAACAGGGACCCCACGCACCCCAACAGGAACCCCCCCAGCAGCAGGCCAAAGGUGCCUGCUGUCCCCUGUGUAAGACCAGUCUCAACGUGGGGGUGACGGCCGAGCCGGCCAACUACAACACCUGUACCCAGUGUCACGCCCAGGUCUGCAACCUGUGUGGAUUCAACCCUGCACCCCAUCUGGAGAAUAAAGAAUGGCUCUGUCUGAACUGCCAGACCCAGAGAGCUUUGUCUGGGGCCCUGGGAGACACGCCACUUCCUGCUCCUCAGCCAAUGGGAUCCCCACGGCACCCAGCUCCAGCCAACCAACCACAGCCUCAGCAGAGAGGGCCCAAUCAGCAGGCAGGGCUACGGCCCACUGGUCCUCAACAGCAACAGAAACCACCGGGUGCCCAAGUAAGUGGCCCUCCUUUCUCCCCUGCCAAACAGGCAGGGCCCACCGCCCAAAGCAAGGGGCCUGCUCAACCGUCCCCUGCUAAAACAGCCCAGCCCUCCCCUGCUAAGGCACAACCCUCCCCUGCUAAAACAGCCCAGCCCUCCCCUGCUAAGGGCGCACCCUCCCCUGCUAAACAGACAGGACCCACCACCCAGAGUAAGGGUCCUGCCCAGCCCUCCCCUGCUAAGGGCGCACCCUCCCCUGCCAAACAGACAGGACCCACCACCCAGAGUAAGGGUCCUGCCCAGCCCUCCCCUGCUAAGGGCGCACCCUCCGCUGCCAAACAGACAGGACCCACCACCCAGAGUAAGGGUCCUGCCCAGCCCUCCCCAGCCAAGGGUGCACCCUCCCAUACCAAAGCUGCACCCACCCCUAGUAAGGGUGCACCCUCUCCUGCUAAGGGUGCACCUACCCAACCUAAACCCAACCAGAGUGUACCCAACAAGCAGUCUGGUAAACAGCAGCAGGGCCAGGAGAAAACCAAAACUCAAAAGGAAGCAGAAGUCAAAGCCUCGCCCAAGAAGGGAGCACCUGAGACCAUCACCACAUCAAAAGAUGAAAAGAAAAAACCUGCUGGAGACUCGCAGAAGUCAAAACACCAUGACUAUUCCAACAAGUCCAGCACACAGAGCCUCAGUGACACGGGCUACUCGUCAGAUGGGAUAUCCGGCUCCAUGGGCGAGAUCACAGGCCAGAUCCAGGAGGAUCCGGGGUUGAAGCUGAGUGAACGAGGCCCCUCUAGCCCCUCUGAGAUAACCAAGCUGGAGAGCUCCAUGCGGCCGCUGCUUGAGUCAAAGUCCAAGGCCGCUGCAGACCAGGGCCGGGGGAGGCCUCACUCUCUGUCCAUUGGCCAGGACGAGGAGUACAACUCGGAUGGGGAAGUGUCGGACGAUCUCAGCUCAAAGCUGCGCCACGACUAUGUGGAGGACAGCAGUGAGAGUGGUCUGUCCCCCUUACCGCCCAGGCAGAAGAAGUCCCAUAAAGAAAUGACAGAUGAGGAGUUCAUGAGGAGGCAGAUCAUGGAAAUGAGCGCUGACGAGGAUGAGAUGGAGGAGGAGGAAGGGUACGGCUACCAGAAAACUAAAAACAAAAAGGAUUUGGGGAAGGAGAAACGACGCAGCCUCACCCACCAUUCCAGUAGUUUUGAAGAGGACACCAAGGGCGCUGAUGGUGAAGAAGACGAAGGUAUGAUGGCUUCCCAAGGAGGCCUGCGGCGGUUUAAGACCAUCGAGCUGAACAACUCAGAGCAUGACCUCAGAGAGCCAGAGCUGGAGAUGGAGAGCCUGACUGGAUCACCAGAGGAGCGGUCCAGGGGGGAGUAUUCAUCCACCCUACCUGCCACCACUCCCAGCUACACCUCCGGCACGUCCCCUACCUCUGUGUCCUCCAUGGAGGAUGACAGUGACAGCAGCCCCAGCCGCAGGCAAAGACUGGAAGAAGCCAAGCAGCAGAGGAAGGCUCGCCACCGCUCCCAUGGCCCACUCCUGCCCACCAUCGAGGACUCAUCCGAGGAAGACGAGCUGAGGGAGGAAGAAGAGCUUUUGAGAGAGCAGGAGAAGAUGAGAGAUCUGGACCUGCAGAGAAUCCGCAGCACAGCCAGGAAAACUAAGAGAGACAAAGAGGAGCUGAGGGCCCAGAGACGUAGAGAGAGAUCCAAGACUCCGCCCAGCAACCUCUCUCCCAUCGAGGAUGCAUCCCCAACAGAGGAGCUGAGACAGGCAGCAGAGAUGGAGGAGCUCCACAGAUCCUCUUGCUCAGAGUACUCCCCUUCCAUGGAUUCAGAGGCAGAGGGCUUUGAAAUGAUGGGCUCCAAGCUCUACAAGUCAGGAAGCCACCACAACCUCCCCACGUUCAUGUCUCUCUACUCCCCCACUGAAAAACCUACUGCCACUUCACCGUCUGACAAGACACUGAAAAGUGCAGAGGAGGUUUAUGAAGAAAUGAUGAGGAAAGCAGAGAUGCUGCAGCAGCAGCAGCAGGGACAGCCAGGAAGGCCAGGUCAACAACAAGGAAGUCCACAAAGGCAACUGGCUGGGGCACCUCAGCCUGGCAAUAAACAACAUCUAGACACUGGAGCUUCCCUAACACCUGGCUCCAGCCCCACACAGAUCUCUGCACCUGUUUCCUUCUCCUCAAACGACCCACGUGGGUCUGGAAGAGGGAUCCCCCAAGGAAUCAGUGUGACACAGCAUCUAUCGAAAGAAACCCAAGACAGGAUGAGGACGCAGACUGCCAAAAUAGGGGGUGUUAUCCCCCCGACAGCUGGAAAACCAGGUACUCAUGGACCAGCACAGGGGGUGCCUCCUCCUGACCCUGGAGUGCCCUCCAUCGCAUCCUCCCUCUUCUCCUAUUUUAAAGGCCCCAGUCCUCCUGUUUCCCCUGCUCCCUCUCCCUCACAGAGCCCCACUCAUUCCCCAUCCCCACGACCCACAGGGCCUGGGGUGUCCCCACGACCCACAGGACCUGGGGUGUCCCCACGACCCACAGGGCCUGGGCCUGGCGCUGGUGGCCCAACCUCCCCAAUACCGCCACAACAACAUGGAGCCCAUACGCCACAAAGAUCAGCGUCGCCACGCCUUACAAGACAACAGUCCUCCUCCGACUCACCAGUAAUGGUGAUAACUCUGGGCUCUGAGACCACCACCAGUUCUGCCAAGCCUUUAACUGUAAACUCUUCCACUUCGCCCCUGUCCUCGCCAACACAGGGUAUACGUCAGCCCAUGUAUCAGCAACAUACUCCUUCAACAAGCUCCCCAACAUCCCCACAAAUGCACCCACUGCACCAAACCCCUCAACCCGGUUUACAGAGGCCCCAAUCUGAGAGGGUUAAUAUUGGCAUGAGCAUGACAAUGACAACCACAGCUACCACAUACAGUCGUGGGUCAAUGUCAAUGGAAAAUAUCUCCCUAUGUAGAAUCUCCAACGUUCCAGGUACCUCUAGGGUCGUGGAGCAGGGCCAAAUUCAAAUGCAUCCGAGUGGACCUGCAUCUGUGGUGGACCUGAGAGCACCAAUGAAGCCCGCCCCAAUCAUCAUGACUGACCAGGGCAUGGAUCUAACGUCUCUGGCAACUGAUACAAGGAGGUAUUCUCUCGAUGCUGAACAACCACCCAGCCGUCACACAGCGGUGCAGGACCUGAAUGCAGCCAUGAACCUGAAUGCACAAGAGCAGCCGCAUGUGUCUGCGUCCACUCCAACAACAGUCACCGUGGCAGCCUCCAUGUUUAUAUCUCAGCCGAAGGGGCAUCCAGUGGUUUACGGAGAUCCCCUUCAGAACCGUAUGGAUCUGGGGCAAGGCAUUGGAUCAGCAAUGUGUCUUACACAAACUAAGCAGCAGCAGAAGCUCCUACAGCAACAACAGCUCCUCGAGCAGCAACUCCAGCAGCACCAGCAGUCCUCUUUCGCUCGCUAUAACCUAGCAAACCAGGUCCAGCCGCUGUUGCUGAAGAAAGACCUGGUGGUGAGCCAGACAAGCAUUGGAAUUGCUCAGCCUGUGGGUGGGCUUGCUUUGGAGUUGAAGAACAAGCCCACGGUCAUGAACCUGUCCACGGGAAAGCCCCAUGUCAUGAUGGUCCAACUGGAAGACCGCAAUACAUCUCAGGUGGCCACAGUGACUCAGCUGGUCAAAGAGCCUCCUCCUCCUCCCCAGGUCCUGGAUCUCACUGGUGGACAGAUGCAGAAACCAGAGAACCAAGUGGCUUGUUGUGACGUCGUUUACAAGCUACCCUUCACUGGGAGACUUCAACCUUCCAUGUCUGACACCAACCUGUCUAAUGCAGGGCUUCAGUACUAUCAGAGGACUGACCCUGGGGACCUGGCCGUGGAUCUGAGCACCAUGAAUCAAACCUACGAAGGAGGAUAUCUUGGCAUGGGUGCGCAGUAUGGAUCCUACACAGACUUACGUCAUGAAGGAGAUGUUACAGGUCCUCCCUUACCCCUGCGAAGAUACGGCUCCAUGUCCAACAUCAACCAAGACUACGGCUAUGGUCAGGCAGGUUUACCGGAUGCCAACCUGGCACAGUAUAGUGCCACCACUGCCAGGGAGAUCAGCCGAAUGUGUGCAGCUCUGAACUCUAUGGAUCAGUUCGGUCAACGGUACAGCAACCCUGACAUGAUGCAGUAUGGUGCUGGAAGAGGAGCAGGCCCUGCAGCCAGGCUCAACCUACAGCAAAGUUUAGCAUCAAUCCGAGCCAACCUACUCUAUGGCCCUGACGGUAGGCCCACUGCACAUGGCCAAGCCCUAACCAAUCUGAUCAAUGCCAGACAAGCAAGCAUACGGGCCUUAUAUCCAUCUGCAAUGAGAGGAGCUGAUGGCAUGACAUACUCCACCAUCAACAGCCCAAUAGCCUCUACCUUGCCAAUAACCACCCAGCCUUCCUCUGUUCUGCGACCCAUGCCACGAGGAAUAUACCGACCUUACCCUGCAGGCGUGACUGCUGUACCACUGGCUAGCCUCACCAGGUUGCCUCAUGUGACCCCAAGGAUGCCUCUGUCUACACAGGGACCUUACGGUUACGCUUCUCCCAACCAGUUUCCUACAACAGCUGGCGUUCCUGGAAAUGUACCUGACACAAGCACCUCCACCCAGGAAGCUCCUGUCUACCUUGGGAAGCCUUUGGCAACCGUCGCUGUGCACACAGCUGCAACUUUACCACCGGCCCACCCGUCCCAGCUAAUAACUCAGCCUCAGCCCCAGGCUCUAGUGCAGCAUCAGACUCAGCUCCAGCCCCAGACCACACUCCAGGCUGCAGCAGCCAGCACCACUAUUGCUACUUCCGUAGACCCAGAGCUAGAAAAAGUAGAAGAGCGUUUGAGACAGCAGCAAGAGCAGAUGCUGCAGAUGGAGCGAGAGCGUGUGGAGCUGGAGAAACUUCGGCAAAUGCGCCUACAUGAGGAACUGGAGAGAGACCGCAUGGAGCUCCAGAGGCACAGGGAGAAAGAACAGAUGCUGGUGCAGCGCGAGAUUCAGGAGCUGCAGACCAUCAAACAGCAAGUCCUGCAUCAGCAGCAAUCGGAAAGGGAGACACAGCUGGUCAUGCAGAGGGAACAGCUAGCCCAGCAGAGGAUGCAACUGGACCAGAUUCAGUCGCUGCAGCAGCAGCUCCAGCAGCAGUUGGAGGAGCAGAAGAGGCAGAAGACUGCAGUGGUGGAGGCAGCAGCUGCAGCCGCAGCAGCCGAGGCAGGCCAAAGUGUGCAGUUCUGGCAACCCCACAUGGAAGGGCAGGUGGUCCAAACAGUGGUGACCCCAAGGCCUAUACCUAGCUCUGCCUCUGAGAUGUCCUUCAGAAAUAGUGAGGAUCAGGCGGAGUCCAGGGUCAUGAAGAAGCGGAACUCUAUGCCUCGUCUUAGGGAUGAAGCAGAGGAGGAGCCAGUGAGGAGGAUUGCAGAUAGCUGCGUGCAGACGGAUGAUGAAGAUGGUGAGGACAGGUAUAUGAACCGUAGGGGCAGGAGAACCAGGCGCAUCGCCGACUGCAGCGUCCAGACAGACGACGAGGAUCAAGCAGAGUGGGAGCAACCGGUUAGGCGCAGGAGAUCACGCUUCUCCAAGCACUCAGACUCUAGCGCGGAGGUCAAAUCCGACGGAAUCUCCAAAGUGUCCUCCUCUAGCAUAGCCAUUCAGACCACCAAUGACUCCUCAUGCCAGACUGAGACAGACCAGUUGGGCAGGGUCUCACCUGCAAUCCACAUCACUGCGGCUGAGACAAACAAGGUGGAGCUACUACACUACAUCUCUGCUCCAGAGAGGACCCAUAAGGGUGAGAGCUUGGCCUGUCAGACCGAACCAGAGGUCCAGUCUCAGGGGGUGGUGGCCCCUCAGCUCAGCGUCCCCACCACCAUCAGCCCAUACUCCACCACCAUGCAGAUGGUAGGCUCCACCCCAUCUCCUCCCCAAGGGGUGGCCAAGUUUGAAAGGAGGAAACCCGAUCCUCUGGAUAUCGGCUACCAAGGCCAGCAGCAGAACGAGUCCCCAUCUCGCCAGCCUCCCAAGUCUCCUCAGGUGCUGUACUCCCCCGUGUCCCCGCUGUCACCCCAUCGGAUGCUGGAGACCACCUUCACCUCCCAGGAGAAACUCAACAAGGCGCACGUCACACCCCAGCAGAAAGCCUUCACUGCCGAGUCCCCUCAGCGUCAUCAGAGCCUCCCCAGGCCCAUCAAGAGUGUGCAGCGCUCCAUGUCAGACCCCAAACCCCUCAGCCCCACCUCAGAAGACCCUGCCAAGAACAGGUUCUCACCUUAUCAUCAGCAGGCCCUCUCCAACAGUCAGGUAUGUAAUAAACCCCCGAACUCUCUGAUGAGAAAGGUGAAGAGGACCCUGCCUAGCCCUCCUCCAGAAGAAAGCAGUCUCCCCAUCGUCACCCCAGCCAUGUCCCACAUGUACAGCAGCCCACCGGGGAUGCAGCCCCAGAGGGUGCUGCCAAGGCCCGCCCAGGGGGUCACUAAGGCUGGCCUGCUGAGCGAGCUGAAGGCCGUGGAGCAGGAGUCUACCAAGCUCCGCAAGCAGCAGCAGGAGCUGGAGGAGGAGGAGAAGGAGAUUGACGCCAAGCUGCGGUACCUGGAACUAGGCAUCCAUCAGCGCAAGGAGACCCUGGUGAAGGAGAGGGAGAGGAGGGAGCUGGCCUACAUGCGCUGCAUGGGCGACGCCCGUGACUACAUGUCGGACACCGAGCUUAACAACCUGAGGAUGGUUGCGGCCACGGGGACGUUCGAUGGUAACGGUCUGCUGACGAGGCCCAGCACGGCGCCGCUGAGCCAGUUCACCAACGACCUCGGCCCGGCCUCCCAGUACCCGCCCACGUCCUCCUACAUGGCCUAUCAGUACCCACAAAGCCAGCCCACACCCACACAGCAGCCAACCGCUGCUUACCAACAGAUCGGUUUCCAGCCCCCUCAGUACCCAACAGCUGGCCAGCCCCAGCCAGGCACCUUCCAGCCACACCCACCCCAAGGCCCAGGUUACCAGACCCAGCCAGGCUACCCAGCCCACGGGGGCUAUGGCCAACCUUCCUACCAUACAGACCUGGGCAUGCAGCAGCAUAGCCACCAGGGUUUCCAGCCUCCCAACCCCUCUAUCCCAGGCCAACACCUCCCCUACCCAGGUCAGAGCCCCUACCCCGGCCAGGGGAUGUCCUAUCAGCCCCAGGCUGAGAUCCUUACUGUCCACCAGAGGCCUCGUCAGACCUCCCUGGCUGACCUGGAACAGAAGCUGCCCACCAACUACGAAGUGAUCAGUAACCCUGCCGUCUCGGUGGCCACAUCAGCUCCAGACACCUGCUUUGGCACAGUCUAUUCCUCUAACACCAUGCCCAACGCUUACGGGCAGUACCGCCCCCCGGAACCUGUGCUGACCCACGGAGUGGACAGCCCCACAUCAGCCUAUGCUGCAGACGGCCUCUACACCUCCAACCUGGAGCAGAAUAUCCCCAGGAACUACGUCAUGAUUGACGACAUCAGCGAGCUGACCAAAGAGAACACGGGCCCUGCUGUUGAUGCUCUUGGCCAUCCAAUAGGAGGACGCUACGGUGAGAACGGCCCCGUGCGCCAGACUGGCUACGGCAAUGAGCCUGUGGACCCGUACAUGCCUGCAGGCACCACGGGCUACCACCAGCAGGGCGCUGUGGACCCCCGGACCAGCACUACUGGGGGAUCUUCUUAUUACUAUGACGACUAUAAUAAACACCCCAGCACAACACGUCCAGGGGGCCCAGGGCCCCAGAAACACCCAUCCAAGAACCUGGCCCCUGCCGUGGUCUCCUCCGGUAAGCGCAGCAAGCACAGGAAGCAAGGAAUGGAGCAGAAGAUCUCAAAGUUCUCCCCCAUCGAGGAGGCGCGGGACGUGGAGUCUGACCUGGCCUCUUACACCAUGACCACCUCUACCGGCGGCAGCUGCACCGUGGUGUCCCGGUCCGGGGUGAAGAAGAGCGGCUACGACCAGCAGAAGUACUAUGGCGGCCAGCCGGGAAGCCGGGAAGCCCUGGAAGAGGAGGACCGGAUGUAUGGCUCGGGGAGAUCCCGGUCGACAGGCUAUGGCAUGGACAAGAUCUCCUCCAGGGACUCCUCAGGCUACAGGAGCAAGUCCUACGAGAGGGACGCCUUGGAGCGGUCUCAGAGAGGCAACCGCGGUGGACGGAACUCAGAGGAGGAGAGCCCCCUCAGCCCCGUGGGGAAGCCUGUGGGGAUCGGACGAGGCGGCACCGGGGUACCAGGGGAUCCCCAUGACGUGAGGAACCAGUACGGCUCUAGCCACUCCCUGCCGGACGUCCAGGAUCACCACAUGAAGGACCUGCCCAGGAGCCACGUGUACAAACCAGAUGACCCAUACCUUGUAGACGACAUGCACGCAGCUGUGUCGGACAGCGAAGCCUAUCAUUUGGGUCAGGAGGAGACGGACUGGUUUGAGAAGCCGAGGGAGGCUCGCGCCAACCGCUCCAGACACCAUGGGAGCGCAGGCCACAUCUCCACAGGUAGACAACAGACCAGCGCCAACGUGAAGCACACCUACCACGACUACGACGAGCCCCCCGAGGAGCAGGACCUGUGGCCUCAGGAUGAGUACAACAACCAACCUCGCCACCCCUCGUCCACCUCAUCAUCCCGUGACCACCGUGGUUACCAUGGCAGUAGCGGCGGCAGUUCGGCGAGGCACUCAUCUUCCCGCCACUCUGGCGAGGAGCCCCGGUCGUCCAGCCGCUCCUCCAGAACACACCCCAAAGACCCAUCCACCCGCUCUGAGGGCCGUGGAUCCUCCUCCACCCAGAAGAGGGGAGGCUCGGAACCCCGUUCCUCCCGGGAGGGCUACCGGGAUCGGGACUCUGGGGACUACUCCUCCCGUGAUCCGGCCUCCGGACACCACCGCGAGGGCACCGGGGGCAGGGGUCAGAGGCCGCCGGGCUCAUCUUCCAGGAGACAGGAGGGGGUGCCCUCUACAGGGGCCAAGCAGGGCCAGGGGCAGCAACCCCAGGCUGGUCCAGGGGUGCCCCAGCAGCAGGGGCAGCGUUCCAGUGGGCAGUCCCAGUCAGGCAGGCAGCCUGGGUCUCAGGGGCCAGACGGGGGACAGCCAGCCCAGCAGCCUGGCCAGCAGCAACAACGCACCCAGCAGCAGCAGCAGCAGCAGCCCCUGCAGCAGAGCCAGCUUCCUCAGACCACUGCUGGGGGGCCUCAGGCCAAUCCAGGGACCGCAGGGCCAGGUCCCAUGGCAGGACCAGGGACAGGACCAGGGACAGGACCAGGGACAGGACCAGGGACAGGACCAGGUACAGGACCAGGGGCAGGACCAGGAGCGGCACAGCACCAGGAUAAACCUGGCCAGACUCCGGCACAAGGCCGGCAGCCAGCUGGACCCACCGCGGGCCAGUCACCAACCACAGCCGCGACUCCUGCUACACCUGCAGCAGCCAUUGGGGGGGCGAAACCUGCAGCAGCGAUUGGGGGGGCAGCAGCAGCACAGCCUCCCAAGACAGUCACACCCCCCCUCACAGGCAUUGGCUCUAAAGCAGCCCCUCCUGGAGGGAUAGGUAGCAGGCCUGGUGGGAUCGGCAGUGCAGCGGCAGGCCAGCCCCCAGCGGACGGGGGAAACGUUCUCACCAAUAUCCUGGGAGGGGCGGGAGGGGCUGCCGAGCAGGCAGGGAAACUGGGUGAUGGUAAGGCCCUGAGUGCCUGA